ACAAUAGUAAAAUCACAGAAGGCUCUCAGUGUGGAAUGAUAGCGACUAACUAACCGCUUCUCCUGCUCAUUGCUGGGAGUCAAAGCAGCAGCAGUCACGUGACAGCAGCGAGGGCUCGGGCUGAGAGAAAGCGCUUCAUUCGCCAUACUGUGUUUUGUGCCAUAACGCAUUUUUCUCGCAACAUUUUACUCCCACUCGGUGAGUACGUUUUCAGGCCUUUUUGUAACCCUUUUUGUCUUUUCAAUUGCUCCUUUUUUUUCUUUCUCCUUUUGCUGGGGUUUGAACAUUGAGAUUUGAAAAAGUGGUGUUUUUAGGCGUUUUUCGAUCCGUGCCUCAAGUUUUUAUUAUGCAGUGAUUCCUGUCGGGGCUAUUCAGUACUGAGUGACACUGGCCAGAUACGUGUUUGCAGUCGUGUCGAAUCAUGCAACUGGUUUUUGAAUCGCCUUGGCAGUUCCAUUUUUACAUAUGCACUAGUGGUUUUGAAACAUUUUUCUUUUUUGCUGUUGUUUUCUGCCAUAGACUUUUGCUGUAGAUAUGCUUUGCUUGUAUUUUGCGGUGUUGUUCAUGAGAGUUUUGUGAUUUUGAUGUCACCGAGCGAAGCAUUUGUAUUUUAUUUUGGUCCGUCUUUUCUUUACCCAAAAGUCAUUUUCAGACCUUUUAAUGCGAAACUUUUCUUGCAGCUUACCUAUCACGUUGGUUUAUUUUUGGUUUUUCUUUCAUUUUUUUUUUGUUUUUUGUUUUUUUUUUUUUAAAUGCCUUUGAUUUUAAGGUGAACUGAUUUUUUUGGAUGUGAUCAUUUUUCUUGUAGAUGAUGCAAAUUGAGGUUUCUGUGGAGGGAAUAAUUGUUUCUUUGGGCGAAAUAUCAAUGCAUCUUUGCUUUCAACGAAGAUGAACAGACGAUUCUCCUUUACAGGAGAAGAAUGACGGGGAAGACUCAAACCAGCAAUGUCACAAACAAGAACGACCCACGCUCCCUCAACUCACGGGUCUUUAUCGGCAACCUCAACACCGGCAUUGUGAAAAAGGCCGACAUCGAGGUCAUCUUUGCCAAGUACGGCAAGAUCGUGGGCUGCUCGGUGCACAAGGGUUACGCCUUCGUCCAAUACAUUAGCGAACGGAAUGCACGAGCGGCCGUAGCAGGCGAGAACGCCAGGAUUAUCGCAGGACAGCCGCUCGAUAUUAACAUGGCCGGUGAGCCCAAACCCUACAGGCCUAAAGCAGGAUCCAAACGACCCCUUGCUGCUGUCUACGGUGGUUAUGAAUUUGAUUAUGAUUACUACAGGGAUGACUUCUACAGUCGGCUCUUUGACUAUCACGGAAGGGUGGCCCCUCCUCCGAGGGCUGUGAUCCCUCUGAAGCGUUCACGGGUGGUUCUUCCAUCCACUCGGCGCGGGAAGAGUUCCUUUCCUAUUAAAACCACUUCCUCUUCUUCCUCCAGACCCCCAUCAUCAUCGUCAUCAUCCUUCUCCUCUGGGCUGAAAUUAAAGUCAAAUCAACUCCAGACUAUCAAACGUGAACUGACUCAAAUCAAGAUGAAAAUCGACUCACUUCUGGGCCGCCUGGAGAAGAUCGAGAAACAGCAGAGAGCCGAGUGCGAACCUCAUAGGAAAUAUGAGGAUAACUGCGAUUCGUUGCACGAGGAGUCGAUAUCGGAGACAGCUGAGAAUUCCGGAGAGGAGGGAGGGGAGGAGCCUCUUGAUGCGGAGGCGGGAGAAAUGACGGAUGGUGGUGAUGAUGACAAUGACGAAGAGGGCAGCACUGAUCUGAUGGAAAAUCAUGUGUCUGAUAUUGACAAUUGAAGAGGUCUUCAUCCACAGAGGAAAUCAACUCUGCUUUGAACAGAAGACAAGAAAUUCUGCAAAGACUGACAUCUCCUCUUAAAGAGGCAGUGAACUCUCUCUAUUGGCAGUGAUUAGACGAAGAGCAAAUAUUUUGACACCAUUUAGCAUCAGUCACUAUUGCUAUUUUUCAUUUAAUAGCAUUUGUCAUAUUCAGUCAUAUUUUGAUUUACACAUGAUGAAAGGUAAAAUAAGUUCAUGUCAAUUUUAAACUUCACACAAAUAUCACUUAUUUGCAACAAUAUGUGUGCAAAAUGAGCCUUAAAUGCCAGAGGAAAAAAAAAUAACUUCUCAUUUUUUUAAACCCUCAGUAUUAACAGGAAGUUUUUUGUUUUAAAUAAUUAUAAAUUAUAAGAGAUUUUAAAAGGUCUGUAUUGAAGUUGAACAAUGAAAAUGUUUCAUGAGACUGUCAGCAAAACCUUUUUGUUUCUGCUUGUUUUUUUCUUUCUUUCUUUUUUAUUUAUUUAUUUCUCAUAUUGUAUAUUUGUAUCACCAUGUUGUAUUUUUUUCCUCACACACUCUAUUUUGUUUUUUCUAAAAGUGUUUAGAAUUAUUGUUGUACAGUUGUGCUCCAUGGAUCAAAAUGUGGUUUUAAUUCUCAGACUGAAUCAAGUAAAAGAAUAUUUACAAUAUUUAGUCCAAUACUCAGUUUAGUCCAAGACUAACCAAAGAGUUGUAGAUCAGUCCCCUAAGAAAUAUUGUCAGACCAACUUUAAAGAUGAAUUUUCUCUUAAUAUUUCAUAAUUUGUAAUGAUACUGUUAAGAUGAUGUUGUACUUGUCUUGUACUUGUAUUGCUUUUUUUUUUUUUUUUUUUUUUUCAUGCAUAGCUGUUUAAAUCAGAA